CGCCAACCAAUCAGAAUAAACACCAAUCACAUACUUCGGGAUGCUCUACCGACUAUCAAAACGACUCCAACUCUAACGGCCCGCUAGCUAUCCCCUCACCAAGCAGUUUCACAUGGAGCUCUUGCUAUAAACAUUGUUCCCGCCUUCUGACCGCGUCGGUUGAUCCGCUAGGGAUUCCAAUACGUCGCAUCGUCAAUCUAUAAAACUGAAAAUUGCCAUGGCUCCUAUUGCCCUUGAUGAAACCGCUGUCUUUCCGACCAGGAAACUUCUUGUAAAGCCAUGGAGUCGACCACAACCAACGUCGGAGAAGCUUGACUGGGCCGACCUGCCAAAGAUCGACCUCUCGCGCUUCGAUGAGCCAGGCGGCAAGCACGAACUAGCUGAUCAACUCUAUGAAGCAGUCACCAAGGUUGGUUUUUGGUCAGUCGUCAACACAGGAAUUGACGACGAACGCGUGCUUCGUCAAUUUAGCAUUGGCAAUACCUUCUUCAAGGAACCAAUUGAGGAGAAACGCAGGUUCCCGUGUAACUUCGCUGAGGGCGAAUAUUUCGGGUAUCGCGAAAACUCGCGGUGGAUCGGUGAUACCGGUGUGAAAGAAAACAUUGAAAUGCUGAAUGUGCCGAAAGCUACGCCAGCAUAUGCGAAUGUAGGCAAGCACCAAGUAGUAGAGGAGAACUGGGAUGAGAUUGCGAGGUUCCACCGCGAUCUGUGGGAGAAAGUUAUUAACAAGCUAUUUGUUUUGAUCUCAAUCAUUCUGGAGCUACCUGAAAACUAUCUGUCAGAUGCCCACGCGUAUGAUGAGGAUUCGGACGACCAUUUGCGAUACAUGAUCUACAACGCCAGGACACAGGAUGAAUGGGAAAGGGCACAGGCUUACUCUAAAGGCGGCCAUACAGACUUCGGAAGUUUGACUUUGUUGUUUUCCCAACAUGUUGCUGGCUUGCAGAUUCGUACACCCGAAGGCGAUUGGAAAUAUGUUCGACCUGUUGAUGGCGGCAUCACCUGCAACGCUGCAGACACUCUCUCAUUCCUAACCAAAGGAUUUAUCAAGUCGACCAUCCACCGCGUAGUAACGCCACCAAAGGACCAGAUCAAUAUCUCACGUCUGGGGUUACUGUAUUUCAGUCGGCCUGGAGACCAUACACCAAUGCGACCUGUCCCAUCGCCUGUACUAGAUCGACUCGGGCUACUGACCGAGGAGGAUAAGGACGUCAAUAUACCAGUUCCGUCUGGUGUCGAGUAUGUUCGAGCUCGCGUAAAGGAUGUACAUCAUAAGACCGUCCUAGACAAACGUGAGGGCACGUCGUUCGAGUACAAAGGACUGAAGGUUCAGAACUACUACGACUGAGUACAAUGUAGUCAUCUUGAGUCAGCCUAUUACGACUGAUGAUGUUGGUCUCAGUUCGUGGUCUUGCCGUAGCUUGUAGUUCUGAACUGGUGGAAAGGAGACGAGUUCGCAUGUUUGAUCCAAUUUGAGCAUCCUGGGUAUAUGGCAGAUGAUCCUCAGCGUUGCUAAAGGAACAUAGUGUGACUGUGUAGCGCAUCAUGGCGAGCGGUAGAUCUCAUGAAGAGAUACUCGACCGGUAGCGUAGACAAGAAUUAUGG